AUGGCAUAUGCACGACACCUCGGAUUUCAGCUCGUUCAGUGUAACUACAAAUUCUUGGUUCCUCUCAAAAUCUUGAACCUUGAAAGUGGUAGUCGAGCCGGCUUGUCCCUCUUCCUUGGGAAUGCAAGCCACUGCCCCCAAGACCUCGACUUGAAAUUUCCUAAACACGGAAUGAGUAUACAAACCUGCCAGAUGCUUCUCGAAAGGCGAAGGCGACUUCAGAGUCGGCUACCUUGCAUACUCCUGGUAGAAGGCAUAGGCAUCUCCAUGGGACCCGAAUUCCAUGCCAGGGAGCGGCUCGAGGAUUGUGAUGUCCUUGAAGUCGAUGUCCUGAAGAGAAGGGGAAUGAAGGUCUUCCGCUCCAUCUUCAGCGAGUGCCUGCCUGUCGGCAUCUCCUUCUGGAUCAAUGGAAACCGGGAACAAGAUAAACGGGCAGAACUGAAUAAUACUUCAUCCAUUUUGGCCACUGAUUCAUAUACAGUUUUGGUUAAUUACAGUGAAGAUGCAGGUUAUUUCGUUUACUUCAAAUCCCUAACAUAUUCACAUUUGGUUUUCCAUGGGAAAAAAAUUGAAAGCAAGGCCGAGGAAUUGGAACGGAAAAGAGGGAACAGACAAGGAAAUACAGACUAUUCGAGAACAACUCUUAAUUUGACAGCAUAG